GUCCUUUUCAGAGUCACAAUCCGCUCUUUAUUUUCCGUCCUUCGAGACCGCUGCUGCGCCUCUGUCAUUCCUUGUCUUCGGAAACAUACACUCCCUUGUCCUUUGUGACUUGACUGUCUCAGGUUCAAAGAAUCCCGCUCAUUUAAGGAAACCAUAUAUCUACGUUUAUAUAUACUUCCUCUUGCCGACGUGGAACUUUCUCCGCACCAAAAACAACUAUCAUCAAUAUGCAGCUGAAGAACUCUCUGGUCCUGCUGACUGCCUUGACGGCCGGUUCCUCCGUGGCCCGCCUCCAUGGCCACGAGCGCCGCCACGCUCACCACGAGAAGCGUGACGUUGGUGACCUCGUCACCGCUAUCAUUGACGGAAAGGUCGUUUCCUGGGUCAACGAGUAUGCUGGCGGUGCUGCUGCCACCGCUACCGCCACUGAGUCCACAUCUACUUCUCUCUCUGAGACUGUUGCCGCGUCGACCACCGCUUCCACAGAGACCCCCAGCGCUUCUGCCGUCUCCUCCGCCUCUGGAACCUGCGCCAACUGGGACGACGAGUCCGAUGAGUACUCCACCGCCGGCUUCGGUUCCAGGACUGUCUCCAACAAUGCCAAGUAUGUUGCCUACGUUGGUAACGUCGGAAACCCUUGGGGCAGCAACAUCAUUGAGGUCGAUGCCGAUAAAGCAUGCAAAUAUAAGAAUGUCGUCAAGUUUUCCGGCUCUGAGACUGACGACUGGACCAUCGUCUUCUGGAACAAGAUUGGCCCUGAUGGAUUGCUGACCGGCUGGUACGGCAACUCUGCUCUCAAACUCACGAUUUCUCCCGGCGAGACCAAGUAUGUCGCAUUCGACGACGAUUCCCAGGGUGCCUGGGGUGCUGCCAAGGGUGACUCUCUCCCUACUGACGAAUUCGGUGGCUACUCCUGCACUUGGGGCGAGUUUGACUUCGGCAGCUCUGGCAACAACGACUGGUCCGGCUGGGAUGUCUCCGCUAUCCAGGCCCAGGCCGCGAACCAGGAUGUCCAGGGCAUGAAGAUCUGCAACAACAAGGGCGAGAAGUGCUCAUGGAUUUCCAACCUCGCUACCGCCAUGGAGAACGCCUACAGCAAGGCCGAGGAGGGUGUUGACGGCAUUGGUGGCAACCAGGCUCCUGGCGCCGUCCGUCUCGUUGUCGACAUUGACUACACUCACAGUUCAUAGACCAUCCGCCUUGCCUUUCCUUGCUCUCCGUUCGUGUCGGGUACUCCACAUCGAAACUUUUUUUUCUAUAAGAUCCUGCUAGCUUAGAGCAAGCUCUCUGAGCAGUGAUCCCUUUGUCUUCUUUGUGUAAAUAGAAUAUAC